UAUAUUUUAUUUCCCACAGAUGGUAUCUGUCCAGUCUUCAGAAGAUGAUGGUAAAUAUCCAGGACAAGGAAAAAGUCUUUUUAUGCCAAAAGUGCAAAGAAAAUUUGUGAAUCUAGGGUCAAUGACAGGGAGGUGGAUGAAAAUCAAAUCUAAGAAAUAUUGUAAAUCAGAUGAGGACCUUGCUAGGCUUUUGAUCAAAAGCUUACAUAAGCUUGAUCAACAUAUUAGGUAUGGUGGUCAUAUUUCCAGAUAUUGGAAGAGAAGAAACAUACCAAAACUUGAGAGUUAUAGGAUAAUUACACUUCAAACUGAUGUAUGGACGCGCUGGAGAAAAAUGAAAUGUUCACUCCAAGUUAAUUCUAACAGUCAAUUUGCAAAUGUGCUGAUGAAUGCAUGGCAUGACAGAGCUGAAUACAUACAGAAUCUUUGUGAUGCCUUUAAAGCGAUUCACCAGGCUCCCAUAAAUGAGACCCAAGUGAUGGAUGCUGUGAAGAAUGAAGCAGAUGUUGCUGAAGCACCUGUGAAUGAGAUUUCGAUGCAUAAAAAUCAUGUUGAAAGUGCUCCUGUUGAUGAGGCUUUUGUUAAUGAGACCUCUUUGUCUAUGAAUAAUAAGGCUCCCAUGACUGAGGCCCUCAGGAGUACAUGUAAGUAUUUAGUGGAAAAUGCCCCUGUGAAUGACGCUUCUGUAAGUAACACCUCCAGCAAUAAUAUCCGUGUGGAAGGUGCUUCUGGGAAUGAGACUCCUGUUACUGAGACCGACAGGAAUAAGAACGUUGUGAAAGAUGCAUCUGUGGAUAAGGCUUCUGUAACCGAGGACUGUAGAAAGACAUGCAACUAUAUUAUUGAAGAUGCCCCUGUAAAUGGCGCUUCUGUGAAUAACACCUUCAGGAAUAAGUAUCUUGUUAAAGAUGUUUCUGUGAAUAAGGCUCUUGUGACUGAGGCAUUUAAGAAUAAAGUCCUUGUUGAACAUGCUUAUGCUCGUGAGAAUCCUGCCCCUGUGAAUGAGGCUGCUGUAACUGAGGCCUUCAGGAAUAAGUUGGUUGUUGAAGAUGCUUCUAUGAAUGAGAUUCCUGACACUUUAAAUGAGGCACUAGUGAAGCAAGAAAUAAUGCCAGAUCAGUCAGACAAGAUUAACAGUGAACCAUGCAGAGAAGUGUCAACAGCAUGUCAAAGUGUGAAAGAGGAAUGUGUUAGUGAGGAAGAAGAAUGUGUUAGUGAGGAAGAAGAAUAUGUUAGUGAGGAAGAAGAAUGUGUUAGUGAGGGAGAAGAAAGCGUUAGUGAGGAAUCAGACAUUGAAGAUAUAAUGAAUUAUCUUGAAGGUGAAAAGAAAAUGAUCAAGAUAACUGAAGGCCCUACUGAAGAUAAUGCCGAAUUAGGAAACAGAAGAAGGAGCUCAAGAGUUCAGUCACGGGGUUACAGGCCUGAUUAUGCAAGCUUGGAGUGGAUAGAUGACCAUGCGAAAAACAGUAAAGAUAAUGUAUCUACAAAUGUGAUUACAAUAGAGGACAAACAGACAUAUGUAGGAAGAAAGACUAUUUCUACCAAGGACAUAGGAGUGACAGAAGGCGAGGAUUUUAAAAAUGAUUGUAAAACUAAAAGAAUUGAUAAAAGGAAAGCAGAAGAUCCUGAUUUUUUUCCUGAUAAAAUUGACAAAGUUGAAAAUAUUAAUGAAUGUGAUGACAGAUCUGAAACAGAUGAAGAUGAAAGUUACAUACUGGGAAUUGAAGGUGAUUGCUUGACUGAUAGUAAAAUUUCCAAUAAAGAUAUGGAAAAGAGGAAAAGAAAAAUUGGUAAUUCAAUUGCCAAAAAUUGUAAGAAAAGAAGAAAGCAAGGGGAUAAUGCAAAAUAUGAAAUUCAAAAGAAAGAAAAGACAAAAAAAGACAAUAAAAGCGAUCAGCGUUUGGAAAAAAAGCCAUGGGUUCACAUUCAACUAGAAGAGCAUCAGGAUAAGUACAGUAAAGAAACUGUCAAAUCAUUUGCAAGAAAAGAUCGUAAUGUUGAUAUAACAGAAGAAUUAUUCAAAUGUUUAUUAUGUGGCAAUUUCAAAUCUACUGCAAAAGAUUAUUUUGAGGCACAUAUUGAAAAACAUGUGAAUAAGGUCCUGGAAUGUGACAAAUGUUCUUAUGUGGGUUACUCUGAAUUAGUGUUAUUAAGGCAUAAGUUUUCUGUUGGACAUGUAUCAGGAAAAAACCAGUAUAUGUGUGAUAUAUGUGGAAUAAUUCUGUACACAUCAGAAGCUAGAUUGUCACAUAUUGGAAAGAAGCACGGCAACCCUCAGUUUCAAUGUAGGUUCUGUGAUGAGAAGUUUGCUACAAAUGAUACUAGAAAGAAGCAUUAUAGAACAGUACAUACUGACCUUGUCAAGUAUUGCUUCAACUGUAAAAUGGGUUACAGUGACUUAACUUUGGAAGACUUUAAAGAUCAUCAAAGUUCUUGCAAGGUUUCACAUAAAUGUCAGGUAUGUGGUGUAUUCCUGGUAUCAAAGAGUGGAUUAAAAAGACAUAUAAAACUUACACACAUGAAUGAGAGAAAAUACCAGUGUUCUGAAUGCCCUUAUUCUGCCAAAACAGGUCGGAGACUUAAAGAACAUGAAUUGAGUCAUAGAAGUAAGUUUGUUUUACCCUAGAUACAGCCUUUUCUU